AUGGCAGAGAAAAAAGAGCGGUUGCUGUUGGACGUGAUUGGUACGCUCGAGGACGCCGUGGAAAAGAAUCCUCUAGAUUAUAAGAAAUGGUCUCAGUUGAUUGAGCAUGUGGUGGCCAAGGACAAGGAAGAACAGGUCAGAGCCACCUUCGAGAGAUAUUUUUCUAUAUUUCGCUUCGAUGCCCGUCAAUGGAACAACUAUGUAAAUUUCGAGUUGAAUAGAGGCGAAUUCAAUAAUGUCGAGCAGAUAUUCGCCAAGUGUCUACCUAUCACAGACGAUGUAGACCUUUGUCGAACAUACGUUUCCUAUGUACGUCGUGUGAACGACGUCAUCACUGGCGGAGAGAAGGCUAGAACGACAGUGCUGCAGGCUUUCGAUUUUGCUGUCAACAAAGUCGGCACAGACGUGGACAGUGCUGAACUUUGGAAAGACUAUCUUGACUUUUUUAAGUCAUGGACACCUUCAUCUUCGUGGGAACAGCAGCAGAAAACAGAUCUCAUUCGUCGUCUAUACAGAAGAUGUCUCGUUAUUCCAGUUGCUAAGAUUGAGUCUACUUGGGCUGAAUAUACAAAAUGGGAGAAUGAAGUAUCUACUCCCAAUAGUGCCAGUAAGUUUAUUGCUGACCUCUCCACUUCAUAUAUGGAGGCCCGUUCGUGGAAUACCGAGUUUAAAAAUGCCACUAAGGGCCUGUUGAGAAGGCGAACGAUCCCGAUGUCGCUACAAGAAGACAACAACAAUGUGUUAAGCACUCAAGUUGAACUUUGGUUCAGAUGGUUAGAGUUAGAAAAGAAGAAUCAUCUCAAUUUGAAGGAACACGAUUUACGUAAAAGAGUUGAAUAUGUCUUUAGGCAGGCUACCUACACGCUUCCAUUUGUGCCAGAAAUCUGGUUUCGGUUUAGUCGAUACAUGAUGAGCGACGGUGAGGAAGCGAAUAGGGCCAGAAGUAUAGAUCUUUUGAGCGAGGCAUUUAAGUUAAACCCAAGCAGCUUUCUUAUCGCCUUCCUGUUGACAGAACUACAUGAGAAGGACAACUCUUUCGACAAAGCAACUGAGGUGCUCCGAAACCUCAUAGGCACAUUGUCCAAAAAAUAUGAUGCUCUCAAAGAACAGCUUGAUACCUUGAACUCCGAAGUGAAGGAGAGGGCCCUCAAUAGUUUGGAAAAACAGAAGAAUGCCAACGAUAGCGAUGAUGAAGACAUGAUCGACAGUGGCAACUCGGAAGUGAAGCUCUCUGAGAGUGAGGCGCUUGAGAUCCUCGACUUAGAGGCGAAAGUUGAGGAUCUGAGUAAGUCAGUCACCCUAGCGUAUAUAAACUUGAUGGCCUUGAGUAAAAGAACACAAGGUAUAAAGGAGGUUCGUUCUGUGUUCAAGCAGAGAAAGAACUUCGAAGCAAUAGGCUACGAGUUUUAUGUGGAGAAUGCCUUGACUGAGUACUACUCUGACAAUAAGAAGAUCGCCGAUAGAGUGUUUGACUUGGCGAUGAAAACAUUUAGUCUGAAUGGUGGCUUUCUCUAUGCUUACUUGGACUAUUUGAUCCUCACGAACUCCUCUGAAAGUAUCAAAGUUUUUUUUGAAAUGGCUCUUACAAACCUACUGCAAACGCUCCUGGAGGACCAAGAGGCCAUUCAGUUGAGUAAGGGUAAUAUACUCGACCAAAAGAAAAGGACCGUCAGGCUCAAAAAGAACCAAAAUGCCAUGAAGCGAAUCAUAAAGAGGUACAUACGGUUUGCCUACAACUAUCUAGACUUGGAUACUGUGGGCGCCCUCGAGAGGCGGUACCUUCAUCUCUUUCCCGACGAUGAUGAGUUAAACUUGUUCAUAGACAGGUCCAGAGGCACCGCUGUGGAUGCCAUCAGCAAAUACGACUUGUGCACUGAAGAGAAGUCAGACUCUGACAAUGAAGAUGAUGAAGAUGAAGUGGCUGCCGAACAGCACAAGAGUAAGAAGCGCCGCAGAUUGUCCUCCCCCAGCGAUAACUACCUGCCUGAAUCUGCCACGGGAACCACUUCUGGGACUUCUAUUGUAGGAAAUGGGCAAAUUGCUGGUCCACAAAUGGGGCAGCCAGAGAAUCAGUUUGGUUUCGUUGGUACCACCAUCUACGGACUCCUCCAAGUGUUGCCUAAUGCUGGAUACUUUGGGCCCCCGAACGAACACAUCUUUAACAGCGCCAAAUUGGUUGAGCUUUUCAGCAAUCUCCCAGAUCUCCCUGGUGACCACUAA